UCCCGGCAAGCCUGAGCCGGGAGCCUCGCAAAGAGGGGCUCCGGGCUUGACAGCAGGAACGCAGGAGACUGGCUCCACCGAGGGAGGAUGAGCUGGUCAACGCCUUGAAGCUGGGCUUCUGCUUGCCAGUGGGAUCCAGAAAUGGGGUACUGGAGGAGACCGGGUCUGCUUUCCUUACUGCUGCUCUCCUUGUCCUGCGGUGCCGGCGCCCGCCGCAGCCUCAAGACCAACCUGUGCAAGUGGUGCGACUCCACAGCCCCAGCCUGCGAGGAGAAGGUGUGCUACAGCAACUGCAACCUCAACUCCUACUGCGAGGACCCCUACGAGAUCUGCGUGGCAAUAUGGAGACAAGACAACGAGAGCAUCAGGAUCAGCACGCUGUGCCACAACCCCCAGCGCCCCAUCGAAAACCUCAUGGUCCCCAACUACAACACCUCGCGCUGCAUCAUGAGCCACCAGCCCAGCGAGGACAGCAUCAUCUAUGUCUGUGGCUGUGUGGAUGAGCAGGAGUGCAACGACAAACUCAUCUUUGAAAACCACACCAAUGGCUACUCCAUGCUGCAGAGCAAGGAGGUGAUCCCAGUGGCUGCCAUCAGCCUCCUGCCCCCGCUGCUGGUGGCGGUGAUGAUCACGGUGAUAUUUUACCUCUGCCGCACGCAGAAGCGACGCAAGAGAGCCAAGGUCUGGGGUGGGAAACAGGGACAGCCCCCGGUGCUGCCGGAGCAGGGGAAGGCAACCGAGCGGGAGGAGAAGCUGUCAGUGCUGAUGGACGAGAGCCCAGCCAGCACCAGCCCCGGCUGCGCCAGCAGCCGCCCCGCUGAGCUGCUCCCCAUCGAGCUGGAUGAGAUGGUGGGCAAAGGGCAGUUCGCGGAGGUGUGGAGGGCCAAGCUGAGCCACAGCCGCUCGGGGCAGUACGAGACUGUGGCCGUGAAGAUCUUCCCCUGCGAGGAGUACUCCUCCUGGAAGAACGAGAGCCAGAUCUUCACCGACACCAGCCUCAGGCACGACAGCGUCCUGCAGUUCCUCACUGCCGAGGACCGGGGCACGGGGCCCCGCCGGGAGUACUGGCUCAUCACCGCCUACCACAGCCGAGGCAACCUCAAGGACUACCUGUCCCACCACGUGCUGAGCUGGAUGGACCUGCAGAAGAUGGCUGGGUCCCUGGUGAGCGGGGUGGCCCACCUUCACAGCGACUACACCGCCUGUGGCCGCCCGAAAAUCCCGAUCGCGCACCGCGACAUCAAGAGCACCAACGUGCUGGUGAAGAGCGAGCAGGAGUGUGUGCUCUGCGACUUCGGCAUCGCCAUUCGCCUCGACCCCUCCCUCACGGUGGAUGACUUUGCCAACAGCGGGCAGGUGGGCACCGCCAGGUACAUGGCCCCAGAGGUCCUGGAGUCCAGAGUGAACCUGGAAGACCUGGAGUCUUUCAAGCAGAUGGAUGUCUACUCCAUGGCCCUUGUUUUGUGGGAAAUGGCCUCCAGAUGUGAAGUGGUAGGAGAGGUAAAGAAUUAUGAGCUGCCCUUUGGGUCGAAAGUCCAGGAGCAGCCUUGUGUGGACACCAUGAGGGACAUCGUGCUGCACGGCAGAGGCCGGCCCGAGAUCCCAAGCAGCUGGCUGGUGCACCAGGGAAUGCGCUUCCUGUGCGACACCAUCACGGAGUGCUGGGACCACGACCCCGAGGCUCGGCUCACCGCCCACUGCGUGGCUGAGCGCUUCAACCUGAUGGCACAGAUGGAUUGUGAUGACAUCCUCAACAACAACAUGGACAACGAGGCCAGCAAAACAGCUUCUCCAGGUGGGGAGCUCCAGGACAGCGAUGGGAGCAGAAACAUUCAGUGAUGCAUCAGGCAGAAGUCCCCCCAUCAUGAGGAACAAGAGGAUAAAGGAGAAGCAUUUAGCUCACGGGGGGAAAAAAACCUCACUGUUUUUCAAAAUGGAACUAAGAUCUAGUACAUAAAUUAUUUAUAAGAUCUCUUUCCUCCCACAGAUACAAUGAACUGAGGAAUCAAUAUUUUGGUUAAAGUGAAACAUUAUUAUAUGAACUGACUUUGUACUUACUUAAAAUGUAUAAUGAUGCAAAGCAUUCAUUUUAUUAUUUUUUAAAAUAAUAAUGUUUAAUCUUUUAUUAAUAAGCAGCUGAAUUCCAUGUCUAACUUUUUUAAGUCCUUCCAUAUUGUCAUCAAGAGUUUCUUGUCUAGCUUAUUCUGCAGUGAUUAAAACAAUUUUCCUCUUUUUAA